CAACUAUUCGCAUUUUUCCAUACGCUUUUCAUCAACGAUACAAAAAUGUCUUGCCGGCAGAAAUCCAGUAAAGGCCAAAAACCGAUAAAAGCCGUCUAUGCCAGAUCGAUAUUCGAUUCCAGAGGUUUCCCGACAGUAGAAGUUGAUUUAGUCACUGAUUUAGGACUGUUCAGGACCGCUGUUCCGGCGGGAGUGACCUCAGGUACUUAUGAGGCCUUCGAAUUGCGCGACGGCAUCCAGAACGAUUACCACGGCAUGGGCGUCUUCAAAGCCGUAGACAACGUCAACAACGUGAUCGGCCCGGAGCUCUGCAAGCAGGAGAUGGACGUGACCCAGCAGGAGAAGAUCGACCAAUUCCUCAUCAACAUGGACGGCACCGAAAACAAGCAGAAAUUCGGCGCCAACGCCAUCCUCGGCAUAUCCCUGUCGGUGUGCAAGGCCGGCGCCGCCAAGCGGGGAUUGCCCCUCUACAGGCACGUGGGCGACCUGGCGGGCAACAAGGACCUGGUGAUGCCGGUGCCCGCUUUGAACGUCAUCAACGGCGGCGCGCACUCCUCCAACAAGCUGGCAAUGCAAGAAUUCAUGCUUCUACCCACCAGCGCCUCGUCCUUCACCGAAGCUAUGAAAAUGGGCUCCGAGACGUACCAUCACCUCAGGAACCUCAUCAAAGAGAAGUUUCAAAUGGACUCGGUGGGCGAAGAGGGAGGCUUCGCCCCCAACAUCGCCGACCCCAAGGAAGCGCUGUCUUUGAUCGUGCAGGCCAUCAGCACCGCCGGUUACGCCGGAAGGAUCGACAUCGCCAUCGAUGCAGCCGCACCACAAAUGUUCAAAGAAGGUUUGUACGACUUCGAUUUCAAGAACCCGGCAUCGAGCAAAUCGAGCUGGAAGAAGCCCGAAGAGCUGCUCAACAUGUACAAGAGCUUCACCACCGAGUUUCCGGUGGUGUCCAUCGAGGACCCGUUCGAGGUGGAGGACUUCGACUCGUGGUCGAACCUGGUGAAGCAAAUACCCAUACAGAUCGUCGGCGACGAGUUCCUCGCCACCAAUCCCAAGAGGAUCCAAAAGGCCGUCGACAGCGCCGCCUGCAAUUGCCUGCUCAUGAAAGUCAAUCAAAUCGGUACGAUUACGGAAGCGGUCAAGUCGCAUUUGCUGGCGAAAACGAACGGUUGGGGCACGAUGAUCGCCUGUCGAUCGGCGGAAACCGAAGACAAUUUCAUUGCUGACUUGGCCGUGGGGCUGUCUACCGGCCAGAUAAAGGCCGGGGCCCCUUGUCGCUCGGAACGUUGCUCCAAAUACAAUCAAUUGCUGCGCAUCGAGGAGGAACUGGCCAGAGACACGAGAUAUGCCGGCAAAGCGUUCAGGAAACCGGUUUGAAUAUUA